AACAUCGAAAACUAUAAGCAUAACAAAAUAAAAAAAGCCAAAAUUGCUGGAAAAGCUCAUAAAAACCAUAAGGGGACAGAUGUGGCACCAAGACAAACAGGAGCUUAUUGCAGGUUAGUUUUGUUUUCUCAAUAUAUUUUACCAAAUCUUAGCUAGAGAUGGUAUUAAUUGUUCUUUUUAUUUACAGAUGUAAGUUAAAAUGUAUGGAGACUAUCUCAAAAGAUAAUAUCCAAAGUAGUAUCCGUUUUAUUAACAAUUUUGAUAGUAAAAAUGCCCAAGACACAUACUUGCAGGCAUUAAUUGAAAAGCAGGAAAUACAUAGAAAACGUCCCAGAUCUGAAGUACCUAAGAAUAGACAAUUUACUUUCAAAUAUCACAUUAAGAUAGAAGGUGCUAAAUUAAAAGUGUGCAAAAAAGCUCAAUGUGAAAACUAUGCAUGCAUUGUACAAACAAAAAUAUCCAGAUCAUCCAGUAAAAUAUAAAUUUUACUUAAAAUAUAUGCAGGAAAACUUUAGCUUAUCAUUUGGUAGAAAGCAAAUUGCUGUCUGUGCACUGUGUGAAGAGUUAAAGAUUAAACUAAAAAAUCCACAUUUAAAUGAUAACGCAAAAAGAGUCUAUCUAGCAGAUAUUGAGCUCCAUA